AAUAAGAUGACCGCUUUAAAGUUCUUUCCUGUACUUGCUUAUCUCCUCAUAUCUGUGAAGGACAUUAUAAUUAGCGCAAAAGCCACGGGAGAAUUUAGAAUCUCAACAACAGAAAGAAUGUUUAAUUUAACUGCAAAUUAAAAUUCCAUAAUGCCGACCCAACUUCAGUGCAGAUUGUCACAGCACACUGACUGUACAUUGUUGCAAACAUAUUUAUUACUAAUUUAAUAUUUAUUAUAAAACAACAUUUUCUGUGUCUCCUGAUAACUAUCUGAGCAAGCUAAUGUUUGUUUCUAUCAAUUUCAGAUUUCGUCAGUGAUAAUGAUAUUAAACUGUAUCAUCCAGAAACUCGUAGCACACUGGGCUACAACCGUGCAAAGCAACUACAGAGGCUAUGUAACAUACGUGGACAUGACUACAAAGCAGCCAACGUUCAUUUAAGCUUAAAAUAUUCAACAACGGAUGGCGUUGUACAAUUGUGUCCCAUCUGGAAGGCGGGAACAACUUUCUUAAAAAGACUUUUUAUGAUGAAAACGUUGAAACGCUUCACAAAUGUAGCAAAUCCUUACAAAAUAAGUUUCUUGGAACAGUUUGAUGGAGAAUACGGAAAUGUUUAUAAUGGAUUAGGAACUAAAAGGUUUUUAUUUGUCAGAAAUCCAUAUGAUCGCUUAUUGUCGGGGUAUGUGGAUAAGCUUUUAGCGCCAAAUCCUGUCUACUGGAAAUUAAUAGGAAUUCCCGCCAUAAAACAUUCCAGAGCAAACCCCUCCCAGAAAAGCCUUUUAUGUGGACAUGACCUGACAUUCAAAGAAUAUAUCAAAUAUGUGAUAUUUGCACUUGGAGGUGGGUCAGGGAGCCGAAAUCGCCGGAAGAGCAGGAGACGGGUUGGUGUCGGCCAUGAUUUGCACUUUGCCACUUUGACAGAGGUUUCUAAACCUUGUCAUAUAAAAUACGACUUUGUCGGAAAGAUGGAAACAUUUGCUGCUGAUUCCAUCGAGUUGGUCCGUCAGUUGAAUUUAUCUGAAACAGAACAAAUUUUGACUUUAAAUGGAAGUGAAAUGGCUGCAGAUGACGCCAUCCAAGAUACAACAUAUCAGCCCUUUCACACAGCGUUCCGUUCUGACAUGUUGAAAUGUAUGACCCCGCUAGAAGCGCUAAACAGAUCAUGGCAAAAACUUCAGAUACGGGGUCUAAUUGGUAAUCAUGAUUUAGAAAUGACUGCUAAAGGGGUAGAAGAACUGAGCUAUUCAGACUUCCUACACAUGGCACGUACUGCAAGAAAUGCAUCUACCAAAAAACGUCGCCGAAAAUUAAAAAAAUCAUUUUACAAUCAGUUCUAUGAGUCUAUUCCUGCUGAAAUGCUGCAGAAUCUUACUGUGGUGUACAAAGAUGAUUUUGAACUGUUUGGUUAUAACUCUAAACCUACGCAAUUAUUCCAUAACACCUGAAAGCAGAUAUUGUUAAGUUCGACAUAAUUUUAUUAGCACAACCUGGAAGUACUCUUGUUUUUUUUUCCAACUUACCAUUUUUUACUACUUACUCAAAAAAAAACCCAGAUCUAAUCAUCAGAUGAUAAAGAUUGAAAUUAAGUCACUUCCUGCUCAUCGUCAUGGGUUACAAAAUCGCUGUGGGUGUUUAACAUGCGGACGUAGAUGGUACCAGGGUUGUGCUUGAUUUAUGUCAGGUGUGUAUGUGGCUUGAAAGUUGUCGCUUGACAUAAGCCGUAUAAAGUAAGAAAAAUCUUCAGUGUGACAAUAGGCUCUGCAAAACAAAUACAUGGAAGUAAGCUUAGUUGCAGCAAGAAGAAAUGUGGCAUAUUUUCACAUACAAACAAUGGAAAAGUGAAGCAAAAUACUCCGACCUCUGUGCCUCUUAAUUCAUGCAUGAUUUUGAAUAUAGUUUGCGAGCGUGUCAUGGUUGGUUUUACGUCAUAAAUCGUUACAUUCAGUCAAGUGUUGAUGACGGAGUUGUGGGACGCGUUACAAUGCAAGUACAGUGAUAUAAAGGCACAUACCCUAUGUUGAUGGCGGAAUUGUGGAGCGCAUUACAAUGCAAUUACAGUGAUAUAAAGGCACAGACAAUAUGUUGAUGGGGGCAUUGUGGAGAGCACUAAAAUGCAAAUACAGUGAUAAAAGGAACGGACAAUAUGUUGAUGGCGGAGUUGUGGAGACCAUUACAAUGCAAAUACAAAUGUACAGUGAUAUAAAGACUCAGACCCUAUGUUGAUGGCGGACUUGUGGAUCACAUGGCAAUUUAUUGAUUGCGAAAUGAUGAACCACACUGCAAUAUAUUGAACUGGGAACGGUGAAUUACACAACUACUGGUCUAACUCUGUCACGUAAAUUGUUCACAUUAUCAUCGUGGGUACUUAACAAAAUCACUUGAAUGAAACUCUAUUUUAUUAUAGGACACUGUAUGACAAAAUGAAUAAUAAUCAUGAUAAUUACUGACACUGACAUUAUCACUGGUAAUAACAUGUAAAUAAGCGAUAGCUGUAUGAAAUCGUUAUCAUUUAAAAUAGUGGCAGAUUUGCUAAAUCUGACCGAAUUAUAUUUGGUAUUAUUU